AUGGCGAGGCUUAGUAUAGCAGGUAACAGGUUGAAUAGAUUAGGUUCUAUUUCGCCUAAAACGCCUAGAUCAGCAGUAUCCAAUUCUGCCUCCGGGUCAGCUAGAACCCACACAGGAACACCAAGAGGUAAUAAGACUCCAAUACGGAAUGUAAUAACAAGUAGCACAGGAAUUAGUAGAAAUCAACCCGGAGACCCUCUACCCAUUGCAAAGAAAUACAGAUACAAACCUGGAACGUUAGCUUUAAGAGAGAUUAAAAGAUAUCAAAAAUCCACAGACUUGCUCUUGCGUAAGCUACCCUUUGCUCGACUAGUGAGGGAAAUAGCCCAGGAGAACUUCAUUCAAGGAGAAAUGUUUCAAUGGCAAAGCGUGGCCAUCUUAGCUUUACAAGAAGCGGCCGAAGCCUUCUUGGUAGGCUUACUGGAAGAUACAAAUCUGUGCGCCCUCCACGCAAAAAGAGUCACCAUAAUGCAGAAAGACAUCCAACUAGCAAGAAGGAUAAGAGGUGAUGGGAUCUAA